GACCAGCCAGGGAGUUGCCUGAGGUGCUGGUUGGGGUGGUGGGGGAUGUGGGCCAAAGGCCCUCCUAAGAGUAGGGCAGGAGCCAAGGAACUGGGGGAGCUGUGGGCCUCCCUCCCUCCCCACUCCACACCUCAGAGGGAACCUCCCUGGGGUCCGCUUUGCCAGGGAGCAGAGAACCGACCUCCUCUUUCAUCAGCUCGCGGCCAGGCCCAGCCCACGUGGCUUAGCACACACCCACCAGGAGGGAGAGGAAGAGGAGGAACUAGGGAGGGCGCGGGCUCACUCCUCAGACCUCCUGGGCAGGACAAGUUCUCGGCAGGACUGCGUUCCUGUGGCACUGGCUCUGCCCCGGCAGUGGCCGCUCCGUGUAAUCUGACACUUGGAUCUCCUGGACAACCAGCAACAAAAAAGCUGAAGCCCAGAUAGCAGCUGGCUGUCAGCACCGAGCACAGCGGCUCCCUUGCUGGCAGGGGGAGAGGCAUCCAGGGAGUAGCACUGGGUCACCAAAGAGGCGCCUGAGAAGGGAGAGGUGGCAGUAGGCCGAGGACAGACCCCAGGAGAAAAGGGCAGCUGAGGCUGCCAGGCUCCCCAGCACCUGCAGUUGUGCCCCGGCUCCAACACCUGAGCUCCCAGGUGCAGGUAAACGAGAGGGUGGAUUCUCUGGAGCCAGCACCGUGGGGACUCAGGUCCUCUCUCUGUUCAGCACAGCCCGGCAGGAGCCCCGGCAGGAGCCCUGGCAGGAGCCUCGCCCAGCAUGGCAGCCACUGACUUCGUGCAGGAGAUGCGCUGGGUGGGUGAGAGGUUGCUGCUCAAGCUGCAGAGGCUGCCACAGGCCGAGCCUGUGGAGAUCGUGGCCUUCUCAGUCAUACUCCUCUUCACAGCUACUGUGGUAGUGCUGCUGCUGGUGGCCUGUAGCUGCUGCUGCACUCACUGCUGUUGCCCUGAGCCGAGGGGCAGAAAGGCCCAAGUGCGGCCCAUGACCCCACCAUGAGGGAUGGAGAGCUGACCAAGGAGAAGCCGGAGAGGGGACUGUGGCCCAUGGCCCAGGUGUCAGCCUAGCCCCACAGCCCUGACCCAUCAGACCAAGAUCCACGUUCAUAGCUCUGACCCUGCCCAGGAACCGGACACUGAUUCACAGAGGCUUGUCAAGGAAGCAAGGGCUGCUAUGGUCACAGGACCUCUCCCUGCCGGUGAGCGUGGGGCUGAGGAGCCACCAUUUCAGUGACGGAGUAAAGCACCGGGGUUCUUCGCCUGCCUGCACUUUUUUAACAGAACACAGAGGUGGGGUCCACAAACCUCACUGGAUAACAGCCAGCACCUGUGGGGAGCUGGCCUUGGGGUUCCACUGACCCCUGCCAGAGGUGCAGCCCAGUCAUAGGGACUUUGUGCAAUAGCUACUGGACCCUGCGCUCCCCACCAGAGAGGGGGCACGUCAAUGUUCUAUCCAGUAUUUGCCUUUUCUUUCCCAGUAAAAGCUUUUUCAUUA